AUGAAAGCUGCUGAAAGUUUGAACAAUGAUAACGAUAUUAUGGAUAAAGUUAGUCAGCAGGAUACAGAAAGCUGUCCUUCCUCGGUUAAUUCAUCCUCCAUAAAACUUCAUGUUACUGCGGAGAGGUCUAUGUUUCAGUCGGCUUUUGGCGAAAUUAUUUCAUGCCUUGGAGGUGCAGUAGGUACAGGAAAUAUCUGGCGGUUUCCUCGUGUUUUAGCAUCAAAUAGUUACUCUGGAGGUGCAUUAACCUUCUACCUUAUAUGGAUAACAAUUCUAUUUCUUUGGUCCAUACCAAUCCUCAUUGUGGAAUAUUCACUUGGUAGAUUUACAAGGAAUUCAGCCCCGUUGGCAUUUUGUAAAUUUUUUGGCGAAAAAUUCUUUUGGUUAGGAGGUUGGAUGGUUUCGGUUGUUUUCCUACUAAGUUGUUAUUAUCCAGUUGUACUUGGUUGGUGCAUAUAUUACUUCUACGUCUCAUGUUCACAUCCUUUAUUGCCAGAAACUGAAGAGGCUGGUUUAGCCAUUUUCAGUAAUUUUGCAGAGCAUUCCUAUUGGCCAGUAUUUACGCAAAUGUUAGCAGUGGCUUUAACUGGUAUUUGCCUAGCCGGUGGAGUUAAGUGGAUUGAAAAAGCUAAUAUCAUCUUGGUCCCUCUUCUAUUACUCAUUAUUCUAUUCAUGUUUGGCUGGUCGCUAACAAGGCAAUAUGCGGAAAUUGGCAUUGCGUUUCUUUUCACACCGUCAUGGAGCAGUAUCACAAGUCCCAGUUUAUGGAUUGCAGCUGCUGGUCAAAAUGCCUUUGAUACUGGUUCAGGAAUGGCUAUAAUGGCAACAUAUUCUACAUUUAUGCCAAGAGAUUCCAGAAUAGUUUCUUAUAGUUUCCUCAUACCUAUUCUUAACAAUCUUGUCAGCUUAUAUGCUUCUAUAACAAUAUUUUCAACUGUUUUCUCGACAAUUAUUCAAAGCAAUCCCACAACAACUCGUUCAGCAAUCGUAAGAAUAAUGAAAACUGCUGGUCCAGGAAGCACAGGACUUACAUUUACAUGGAUUCCUGUUUUAUUCUCGAAAUUUGGAUUAUUUGGCAGAAUUCUUUCUGCUUUAUUCUUUUUGUGUCUCGUGUUUGCUGGAAUAAGUUCUUCACUGUCUAUUACUCAAGUUGGUGUACUUUCUAUGAAGGAGAUGAAUGUUCCUCACCGUUUGGCCGUUUCUAUUGCUCUAAUUGCUUCGGCGGUGAUUGGUUUGCCUUCAGCAAUCUGGUUGGAUUUUUUCACAAAUCAGGAUAAUACUUGGGGUUAUGGACUCGUUGUAUCUGGAUUUUUAUUCUGUUUGCUGGUAAUAAUUUAUGGACCAAAUCGUUAUCGACAUGUCCUGAUUAAUGACUUCGGCAUAAAUGACUGUAAAUUAUCUGUACUGUGGGUCCCUCUUAUCGCAUUUUUGGUCCCCUUGCAGUCGAUCUCCUUGUUAGCUUGGUGGAUAUAUGAAUGCAUUACUACAGACCCAUAUUGGUUUCAUCUGACGUGGACUUCACUAAUGACAACAUUAUUAGAAUGGUUUGCUGUGCUACUUCUUUUAUGGAUUUUAAACUGGUUUCUUUGCCGAACGAAAAUUCUCAGCCAAGUGUUAAAUCAAAUAGGUGGUUGUGAUCCUUAUAACCCAGCGUCCUAUGAGGACAACAUUGACAGCGAACAGAAUUAUAUCAACUUCAAGGAAUAUGAUACUGUUUGCACAAGACUAUGA